AAACAAAGACUAGGGUUUGAUUAUAACACUGUGUUCUUUUUUUUUUUCAAAACAACAACAAAUUUAAAGUUAAACCACACUAAUUGUGUUAAAAAAUUUGUUCAAUAUCAUGUUAUUUCAUUCGUUAGAAAAAAAUGGUACGAUAUAAUUUCAAGAUUCAAAAUGCAACUGCCAUUGAAAAACUACAAAUUGGCUACAACGUUAUGACAGUUCAUGGACCACAACUUUAAAGUGUUAUGAAAUAAUCAUGAACGUUCGAGGAGCUGCAGCAUCGAGUAGCACGCAAUACGAGUACAGUAGUGGCGAAACUUGUAUUCCUCUUACUCAGUUGGAAUUCAACAGAACUUUGGCUGUCCUUAGUGGACGUAGAUCGAUAAGAACUGGUCCUUCGCCGGUUGCCAACAACGGCAGGCAUUGGACUCCCAGCAGAAGUCGGGAAAACGCGGAGACGGUGAAAUACAUCCAACAGGUGGUACAGGCGUGCAAAAUCGUCAAACCAUGGACCGGAGAGGAAACGGCUCAAACGCAACCGUUGAGAUCGUCGGUUAAGAUAAAAAUGAACCAAUUGCCUAGAAUUAUGCAAAAAAUCCUCAGUAAUAGAAUACGAAAUAGCAAAGAGCAAAGGGAGACAGACUGUUGGACACCGAGCGAGUUUGUUAAUGAUUCUUUAUUUUGGCAUAAUUUUUACAGACGUUUUCAUCGUUCAACUGAUUUAAUUUUGAGUGCAAGUCUAUGCCAAGAAGCACAGAACUGGGCCAACUAUUUAGCACACACAGACACGUUCGCUUAUCAAAACAAAACAGUGUACGGCCAGAAUUUGUUUUGCAGAAAGCUGACCGAUAAAGCCAAUAAUUUAAAUGGAAAAGAAGCCGUCCGUGAAUGGUAUUCAACUUCAAAAGUGUUUAAACCUAGAAAUAAUUCCAAAAUGUUUUCUGCCAAUAUUAAUUCCGGUCCUUUUACACAACUUAUAUGGGCAGACACUAAACAGCUGGGAGUAGGAAAAUCGAUUAGCCGGUCUGGAAGAUUGUUUGUCGUAGCAAAUUAUUAUCCAAAAGGAAAUAUCAACGGACAGUAUUCAAAUAACAUACAUGUGAAUAAGUACUUCGAGUGUUUUAAAACCAGCAAAUUGGAUUUAAUGCAAUAAUUGUUUUUAAAU